AUGAAACCAUUAAAUACCAAUGUUAAUAGCCAUAAAUUUUCAUCCAUUAUUGUAAAAUUUGCAGUUUGUUUUCUUCUCUUGGGCCUUACCUAUCGUUUGUUUUCCUCAAGUGUCGUACAGUUUUCUCCUGUUGUGAUUCCUACUGAUUUAGCUUUCGAUGAGGAUAAGGAGGCAUUGCCACCCCACACACCAAUUUCAUCCAGUGACCUUUCGGUGAACCAUACAUCAAAAACUGAAAAAUGCAAUGUAUUUGUGGGAAAUUGGGUUGAGGAUCUCACUGGUCCAUUUUACACAAACGCUACUUGCUCUUCGAUUGAAGAUCAUCAAAAUUGUAUGAGAAAUGGACGGCCGGAUACAGAUUAUGUUUAUUGGAGGUGGAAGCCGAGAGACUGUAAUUUACCCAGAUUUGAUGCAAAGAGGUUCUUGAAUAUGAUGAGAGGCAAAUCUGUAGCGUUUAUUGGCGAUUCCAUUAUGCGUAAUCACGUGCAAUCGUUGCUCUGUAUGCUCUCGCAGGUGGAACAAGCUGUGGGGGUAUACCAUGACGAGCAGUACAAAAGCCGAAGAUGGGUUUUCCCUUCUCACCGCUUGACUCUCUCAGUUGUUUGGUCCCCGUUGCUCACAAAAGCAAGUGUAUUUGAAGAUAUCAAUGGAGUUUCAUCGGGCAUAAUCCAGCUCCAUCUCGACGAGCUAGAUUCGACAUGGACAGAUCAAUACGAAAACUUUGAUUAUGUAGUAGUUGCAGGGGGGGAGUGGUUUCUCAAAUCUGCAAUUUACUACGAGAACAGCACGAUUGUGGGAUGCCAUAAUUGCCAAGGGAUGAACAUAACAGAAGUAGGAUUUUAUUAUGCCUAUCGCAAAGCACUGAACUCGACGCUGAAAUUCAUCACGAGCUCAAAGCACAAGGCUUAUACGUUCUUUAGAACGACUACUCCAGAUCACUUCGAAAAUGGGGAAUGGAACACGGGUGGAUAUUGUAACAGGACGAGACCGUUUCAAGAAGGUGAGAUCGACGUCAAUGAUAUAGAUGGGGCAAUGCGAAACAUCGAACUUGAAGAAUUCGAGAGAGCAGCAGCUAUAGGAAAGGAAAAAGGUUUAACUUUGAAACUAUUUGAUACGACCUUAGUUUCUCUAUUACGACCUGAUGGUCAUCCGGGAGUCUACAGGCAAUUCCAUCCAUAUUCCGGAAAGGAUAAACAUUUGAAGCUGCAAAAUGAUUGUCUACAUUGGUGUUUGCCUGGACCUAUAGACUCUUGGAAUGGUUUGAUGAUGGAAAUGCUUGUGAAUGGUUGA